UCCUUUCUCCCGUCCCGCCCGGCCGCGCUGCUCUGCGCCCCGCGCAGCCGCUGCUGCCGCUGCCUGGCGGGUCUCCGUCCCUGCUCCGCGCCCCGCUCCUUCCCCCUCCCCUUUUCCUUUUUUUAUUUAUUUUAUUUUUUAAUUUUUUUUAAACCCCCCUCCCAUUUCUCUCCUCCGCCCCCUCCCCGCGGCCGGUUUGCAUGCAUUGUCUGUCUCCCAAGAUGGUUUGUGAGACCAAGAUUGUGGCGGAAGAUCAUGAAUCAAUCCCGGGAUCCAAAAAAGACACGAUCAUUGUUUCUUCCUCCCAGAUGUGGCCCUCUUUGGCGGGCUCCCCUUCCUCCCCCCCGCCUCCCCUCAGCACCCCAAAAGAGGACCCCCGGCGCGACAAUGUCUAUAUCCGCGAAUUCCACCCCUCCGAGCAGGAGGUGGUGCGCCGCAUAUUUUACGAGGGUAUCAUGGAGCGGAUCCCCAACACGGCGUUCAGGGGGCUGAAGCAGCAGCCCCUUACUCAGCUGCUCUACGGGCUGCUGGCGGUAAUAUGCUUUGUUGUGACCAAGUCCUUCCUGCUGACCUGCUGUUUGCCCAUCUUUCUGAUGGGCAUGAGGUACUACUUCAGUAGAAAAGUUAUCCUCCACUAUCUCGAUUGUGCGCUGCAUACGGACAUGUCCGAUAUUGAGCAAUAUUACAUGAAACCGCCAGGCUCCUGCUUCUGGGUCGCUGUCCUGGACGGCAACGUGGUGGGGAUCGUGGCAGCGCGGGGCAACGAGGAGGACAACACGGUGGAGCUGCGCCGCAUGUCCGUCGACUCCAACUACCGCGGCAAAGGGAUCGCCAAGGCCCUGGGCCGCAAAGUGCUGGAGUUUGCCAUGCUCAACAACUACUCCUCUGUCGUGCUGGGAACCACGGCCGUGAAGAUGGCAGCCCACAAGCUCUACGAGUCCUUGGGGUUCAAGCAUGUGGGUGUUGUCGAACAUUACGCCCUGCCGGGGAUGACGCGCUCCUUACUGGAGAGAAUGUUUUUCCAGCUCCGCUACCACCGCUACCGCCUGCAGCUGCGGGAAGAAUAAAAAAACCCAACCAAACAAACAAAAAAAAAAAAUUUUUUUUUUUCUCCUCUUCCUCCUCCCCCUUCAGAAAUAAUAAAUUGCCCUUCUAUUUCUCAUCACUGUUGAUUUGCCAAUUUUGGGUUGAGUUUUUGUUCCCUCAUGUCAUCUUUUGGUUUGCUCCGUGCAGCUCGAUCGUCCGGCCGAGCAGCGCUCCUUCCUCGCAUGCUGUAGGUGGUGGUGCUGGGAGUCCUGCGACACGGCAGGGCAGAGCGGAGCGGACCGGCGGCCUCUCCUUCCCAGGUACCUCCGUAAAGCACAGAAACUUUAACUGCAAAAUAGUACCACUGCUCUGGUGUACAUAGUCUUCUCCUUUUCCAAAUGUAAGAUAACAUAGUGAUGCAUUCACAAUAGUGCAGAAAUAUUACUUGAAUGCAGUUUUCAGUAUUUCAUGCACCAGUAAGUAGAAUAUGCAUUCGUCUUACCGUUAUUUACUGGUUAAUAGUUUUCAAAAAAAAAAAAAAAGUGGGGGGCGAAUUCCCCCCGCCCCAACCCGCUUGCUACAAUGCAUGAAGAGGAAAGCGCGUGCACGCACUCAAACACAUCGCACUGCCGCCACGGCACUGGUGUUGCACUUUUUUUUGGAUGUGCCUCAUUCUGCCAAAUGUCUGAGAGACCCUGGGUGCAUCCGGUAACCACGACUCCGCUCCAUUCCCCCCCUCCUUCCUAAGCCAGCACAGACUCGGACCGGCUGAACUCUGAGCCCCAUUGUACCAUAGCGUGAAGUUAAGAUCAAACCUAAAUAUCUCCUGCGCUGUUCUGUAGCCACGCGUAACCUGCAGUCCUGGGCCAGACUCCGCAUGUGCGUUGGACUUUCUCUUUGCUGCCUUUUGGGGUUUUUUUUUGUUUAUUUGUUUUUAUUUUAUUUUUAAGGGUUUUUUUGUUUUUUGUUCUUGUUGUUAUGUUUAGUUUUGGCUUUUGCUGAAUGGUGUCACUGAGGCGUAAUGGAGGCUGCAGUUCCUAUGGCAACACAUUUGCACAUUAAUGUGCGCACCAAACCUAACCACUUCAGAGAAGCAACGUGUGACAGAUAAUAGCAUUUUGGGGAGCGCCGGGGUGGGGGGGGGAGCAUACUUGUUAUCUUAACCAGCUGCUUGUUUGAUAAAUGUAGAUGGCCUCACUGCAGCCUUCCAUCAAAGGCAAUUAACUGCUUUAAUGAUGUCAGAUUUGUGAAUUGUACAAUGCAAAAAGCAAUGCAAAGCAGAUUCGGCAUGUGUCUGUACCCGGUAUGUAUGUACAGUGCCUGCCAACUAAAGAAUAACCAAGACUACAGCUUCUCCUAGCCUGAGAUAUCAACUUUUAUAACUUAUUUAAACAAAUAGCAACUUUGCAUGAAUUAUGUCUUGGGAAAAAAAAGAAAAGAGCGGUAGCUUUUAAUUUUUAAAACGUGGUAUCAGAAGUAUAAAGAAAACCAUUUCUGGCUGCACUUAAUUUGGGGUGGGUGGAGGGGUUCAGCUCUGUUAAUACAUUUAAAGGGGAAACUAAUUUAGUUCCUGGGGCGGGGGGGAAAUACUAUUUUAUGAAGUAUUAUGCGUGUAUGUGAGGAAAAAACCCAACACCUAUCACGAUGAUUGGUGAAAGGGUAGAGCAUGUGUUAACCACGCUUGCACUUGCAAACACAAUGGAAGCAUCAGCGGGAGAGCCCCAGAAGGGAGACGGCGUGGGGCGCGUGGAGAGGAGCCGUGGGGCGCACGGGGAUGGGGGGCAGGCGGCAUGGACCCACGGGUGGGAUGCUGCCUGCGUCUCACUCGCACCGAGAGCUGCCCUUUCCUCUCCAGCCAAAAGCUUUCCCAGCACUGAGAGGCGGCCGGCAGUGCCGAAUGAGCCCAGCGGGGAGGGGGCUCGCCCCCUCCCCACCGGGCACCGAUGCGAUGCCGGGGCUGGAGGCGCCGUUUGGCAGCGCUCCGGUGCCGCGCUCGGUCCAGCCUGUGAGGAGCCGGAGGGGCAGAGUCCCAGUGUGUGUCCCAGCAAUAAGGGGGGAAAUGAGGAUGGCGAAGGGCGCUGUAGCAAGAGACCGAGAGUUUAAUUAACGAAAUUUCUGUAUGGGGCACUAUAUUUUUAAAAGUCUUUCUAUGCUGUACAUUUCUCAUGAAGCUGAAAUAAUGUACUGUUGGUAGUGGGUUUUGUAUAGUGUACAGAAAUUGGCAGAAUAUUUUCUUGCUGCAUUCAGUGAUUUAUUAACCGAAGUAAAAUAGACAAAUAUAAAGUGUUAGCAAAAGUUGAAAGAAAAAAAAAACACAAAACAGUUUGUGCCUUUUUUAGUUUAUUUUUCUGUUGCUAUAUAAUCACUGCACUAAAACCUUUCCAGAGGGGAAAAAAAAAAACAAAACUAGUCUCUUAAUAAGGGAGGAAUACGUAAAGCCUAAAUUGAGUGUUAAUUUUUUUAUUGGGAUAUUUAAUUAAAAGAAUAUUGCUGGUUUUAUUUGAUACCUGUGCCUUUGUAAUAAAACUCCACAUUCUGUCAGAAAAGCCAAACCUGGAAUAAAUCCCACCAGAUCCCACAGAUGUAGAAGUACCAUCAGGUUACCGGUAUUUUCUUUAAAAAACGUGUAAACCUUAACUGAUGAUAUUGCAGUAUCUGAUCGUAAUACCUGUUGAGUUGCCUGGGAACGAGGUGCUUUGGAAAGGUGCAGCUUUUGGGGUGCUGUCUGCGUUCCUCUCCGGGCACGCUGGCUGCCGGAGAUGCAUCCAUAAGGAUUGAGUCAUUGCCACUUGCCUGGUAGCUGCUGAACAAAUUUCUUCCCUUAACGCUUCUGCCAGUUGCUUUGUGACCAGGCACUUUGGAAAAAAUCCAGCUGGUUGCUCCCAGCUCUCCAGCCGGGACAGCUCGUUUCUGAAGGAAAGGGCUGGCUGCCAAAUCGGCUGGGCUUUGCUUGCCGCAGAAGAUGGAGAGGGCUGGCGGGUGAAACGCUGCUGAUCCCAGCCCUGGUUCUUAUUGAGAAGCCCACGUGGCUGCCAGAGCUGCAUCCCUGGUAGCAGCAGCGGGACGGGGGUACAGGACCUCCAGCGUUGCUGCUGCUUUCCCCCCCGGAGCUGCUCUGAAUAGGAUUAGACAAGGUUGGGCAUAAAAGCAUCAAGUGAUACUGUCAUUCCGUCUGCGUCCAUAGGAGGUUUCCCUAAACGUUGACGGCUUGGGCUAAGCUCUGGAGCCAGAACGCCUCUUCCCGCUGCUCUGCGUGGCCCCUGGGCUCUGGACCGUGCCAGGCUCACCUGCUGCCCCAGGGUCCAGCCUGGGCCAGUGUGCUGGUAGACUGCAGUGCACAGGGUGAUGUGCUGAGGCUGAACUGCCUUUGGUGGAUCCAUCCAUCCAUCCAUCCAUCUGCCUGCUGUGCCUCUUCCAGGGUGCACUGGUUUAAACAGUGUUGCAUGGAAAAGCAAGAUCCCACAGCUCGUCAUGUGUGCCCCCCAGUUUUGCAGCCCCCCUUAAGGAGCUUCUUGCUUUCCCUGCAGCAGACAGCCACGGUUGGCAGAGCCCUGCACUGGGACCGUCACCAUCCCCCUUUCUCCAGGCUUGAGCAUCACCUCCUGACUGCUCCCAUCCCAGUUCAGUGUCGGAGUGGUGCAGAGCAGCACAAGAUGGUUGUGGGUUUGGUCCUGAGGGGAAGAACUUGCAGUCUGGACCUUCUGCCAGAAACCUGUUGAGAGCCUGUUGCCAGUUGUCAGGUCUAAUUCCAACAAAGACUCCCAUCUGUAUGAGAUGGCAGGGGAUGCUCCUAAUUUAUUUUGGUGGUUUCUCCUUCCGAGGAUACUUCUAGCCAGAGUGUGGGGAAGAGUGAAGCAUCUCUUGGGUUUUAGCCUCAGUUGGUAAACGUGAUGGCUAGGAAGACUGCUUCAGAUUCAGGUGGAGGAUGUGUUGGAGAUGUGAAGGAACUUCACCCAGCUGUGCCAGGUGCCCCCUUUUACUUUGCUGUGCAUGCGGGUUAUCGCAGCCCACUGCCCUUGCCCCGCGUGCUGUGCGGUGGCACUGAGGAUGCAGCAUCCUCGCCUGGCACCUCUCCUUAGCUUCGUGGCUUUUUCUGCUAAUCCCUGUGCAGUGGGCACUGCUCAAGUGUCCUUUGCUUGGAGGGAAUUGGGGCAGAGCCCUUGCUCACUGGGGAAGGCACCUUACAGGGUCAGGGUGUGAUGUCCAUGUAGAAGUGUCUCUUAAAAAAUUAAAAUUUUAAAAAAAAAAAAAAGAAAAAAAACCAGGGGAAACUUUGCAUUGCUGUGCUGAGGUCCACAGCCUCAGGGCUGCCCCAGCCCUCCGGCACAGCCUGGGCAAUUCCCUGGGGAGUGAGUGGGAAUGCACCGAGCAUCCUGAGCAAAGUGGCAUCUCAAGCACACGUAAUAUUUGGCAAUAAGCUUUGUGGGAAGCUUGGCCCCUGGAUGGUCCCAGACCAAUAAUGCUGAGCAAUCAAAGCCACAAGGAAAGUGGUUUCUAGUCUUACUGGAAACCCCUGAACUGAUAUUUGUCUUAAAAUCAUGCCGUGUUUUCCCUCCACGAAGCAGACAGCACCUGCAAGAUGCUUAGAAAUGGCAGCCGUAAUGAAUCUCUGCUGGGAGAUGCCCUUUGCAGCGCUUCUUGCUGCGGAAAAGUUUGGGGCACUGCCAUCAGCUGAAAGCCGUUCUUUUCCCCUACCCUGUGGUAUGUGGGAGGGGAUUUCUGAGGGAGCCUUCGCCUCUCCCCGGGCCUGCUGCAGGCUGUACCCACGCGCAAGACUGAGCGUCAGGAGCUGGGCUCUCGCCUGCGUGGUCCAGCCGGUCCUGUGUCUGGGGCGCGUAGGGCCCUUGGAGCGGCUGGAGGGGUCAGGGUUGCUGCAGGGCUUUUCAGGGUGGCCAUUGCGAAGGAGAUAGCUGGCAGCGUAGUGAACCCUGUCAGGGAGAAGCGGGCUUGUUUUCAAAGAUGUUUGUGGGACGCCAGAUGAGUUUAACAGUAUUAUAAGGCGACUGUAAGGAUGCUCCAUGCCCUUCGGGUCUGAGGUGCGGUAGUGCUGCGGCAGUGAGUUGGUUGGCUGUUGCAGACAGUGUGCAAUGGGGGUGGCGUGGGGUGCAGAACCAGGACCAGCAUUUGCAGUGCUGCAGAGGUAGUUGCGUGCCCAAAGCCAGCGUCACAGCUCGCAGGGCACAAGGCAUUCAUCUUCUGCAGGAUGGAUGCACCUAAAUCCUUAAAAUCCCAAGGGCCAGCUUGGCAUCUUGAUCGUUUCAGCAUCACCCUUCAGCGAAUGCAGGGGGUAAAUGACCCUGGGGGCGUCUGUCCCCGGAGCUGGGACCUGGACAGUCAUUUCCCCUCUGCGUUGGUCCCCAUGUGAAAUGGGGGUGAUGCUUUACGUCACGGCAUCUGAAUUUAAUAGGCCCUGUGCAGGAGAAGCAGGACUAAGGGUCGGCAGGUGGCUGUUGGGGUUCGGAUGUGGCUGUUGGGGUUCGGAUGUGGCUGUUGGGGUCCCAGUGCCGCACACCUGCAGCAGGAGCAGAAAGCGCUCAGUGCCUGGGGGGGAUCGGGCCCCUUCCUUGCUGUGGCAAACUGCACCUCGGGCAGGGAGAGCAGGAUAAGGCCCUGGAGGGCGAGAACAGAAAGUCCCCGUGGUCAGAAUUCCCAAGGGAACUGUGCUUUUACAAAAACCUUGUCACGAUCCUUGCUGCUGCCCGUUGCUCACUGAACUGUAUCCGUCCGUGAUGCAAGUCUGCUGCCUUUUAAUUUGCCAGAUUUGCUGGCCGAGGUGCAAAUGGAUAGAGACUGACUGCAGGGAUUUCCGAAUUGCCAAACACACAAGGGCAGGAACCAGCUCUGGUUACCUCUGAAUUAACAAUCUCAUUUUCGGUGUGCUGGGAGCCUGUGUUUCACUGGCGCUAGUACGAUGCCGUUGGUAUGCACUCUAUUUAAAGCUUAAUAAAGGCAUUUUAAUUCCAUGCUAACUGGAGUCUUGCGGUGGAAUAUACUGUGCCACGUAAAGAAAACGAAGGGAUGCAAACUGUUAAAUAAGCUUUAACAUGCAAAAAGGAUAAUUUUCUCUUUUUUUUCUCCCUCAAAAUAGAUCCACACAGAAUCUUGAGCAAAAAAAAAAGGGUGUGCUCUUGCAUCCCUCAGUAACAGAGAUUAUGCUUAUCUCCCACUGAAAAACUUCUACCUGACUGGUCAUUCGGAGAACCUUUCAUUGAAAAUAAAAUAAGAGAAUAAUUUGAACAGAGGGUUUAGUUAAAACACAAGACCAUUUAAAACAACAAGCUCUAAGUCAGCAUUUGGAGUUUGACCACUGUUUAAUAUCGCUGUUCAGUGCUGUCAUUGUAUUACACGAUGGUCAGCUGCGGGAGAGAAUAUGCUUUUAACAUCUAAACAGUCGAAGAUGGACUUACUGAGACCAAGAGCAUAACAAAUACAUAAUGCAACUGUAAAUUUAUUUACCAGUAACAUGCUUGAAUGCAGAAGCAGCUACUGCUAUGUAAGCGUAAUGAACAUAUAGCUAACGUUGUUUUCAAUUUCUUUUCUUCCAAAGCUUAGUCCUUUUGACUUGUAAUAUGUAUAUUUGCUUUUUUUUAAAUAUAAUUAGGUUUAACAAAGCAUCUGUUGCUUUGUGAGUUGUACUUAUGAUUGUGCUGGGCCGUUAGCUUUAAGCAAUUUGUGUGCUUGUGUUAUUUUAUUAAAGCAAAAGUCUUCUUGAGACAAAUGCGGUAAAGGUAAAAAAAAAAAAAUUUUUUUUUUUUUUGGUAGUGUUAAGCAGACGUGUGGUAUGCAUUUGGAAAAUGUCCAAUGUCAGUUGAAAAAAAAAAAAACCCAAACUGAGACUAAAUUGCUUACCAGAACUGCUGAUGUCUGAGGCAGUGGCUUUUUAGUUCAUGGGUUACAGGUUCAACUCAUGCCUAAACAGAAACUCGGAUUCCCCCGAACAGGCUCUUACUCUGCAUCUCUUCACCGUUGUACAAGACCGAUGUGAAAUGAGUCUUGUGUUUUCUAUGUUCAGCAUAGUGUGUACUGUACUUCGUAAUGGGAAGUGGCUACAAGUCCUCAAAGAAAUACGAACAUAUUUUAAAACAGCAAUAAUUACCACUGUAAAGCAAAUGAGCACGUGGGGGAGAGCACAGGGAGAGCGUUGCUGAAGAUGGUACCGUUAGGAACACACUGGCGUCAGUGCUGCUAUUGCACCUGGGGAGCGGGAUUAAGUACUAGGAAAGGCCAUCAGUCUCUGGGACUGGACUUCACCUCGGCAGAGAACUUGCCCAUGUAGGAUCCCUCCGCCUGAAUCCUUCUUCAGUGUUGUAGGUCCUUACGCAGCGCAGGUUUUUCACCCUUUAAGGGUGAGUUAUUGCAAAUAUCAUUCCUGGUGGGAGACACAGAGACAAGGAAGAGGUGUCAGAGUCACACAGAGGAAGGUAAAUGCUCAUUGCCGUGGUCUCGUACCCCGGUGUACUCUGCUCCUGCAGUACUGGGGCUCAACAAUAGCAGAAAAUAGAAUAAACUAAUAGAAUUUUUCGAUGGAGGGAAGCAGCAGUCAGCUCUGUUGGAAAGCUGUUUGCAUACUGUCCGGGCGUAUCGAUACAAACCAGUUCCUCUAGCGUGGCAGGACGUGUUGAGACGUGUGUGAGUUAGCCCUUGGUGUGCUUUAGGCAUUUGAGCUGCAGCAUACGCAGCGUUAUUCCAAUGCGGCGUGGUCUCUCCAUCUUCCAUCGGCAGAGCCCCGGGAGCCGGCCAGCUCCCGAGGGACAGCAGGGCAUCCUUGGGCAGGGUCGGGCAAGGUGCUCUGGAUGAAUGACUUGUAGGUACUUAAGUUCUGUUCCUGAUGGCCGCUGUAACUGUGAAAAUUAACCAGACCUGCUGUGAUAAAUUUGGUUAUAUAAGGUUUAUUUGGUUAAUUUUUUAUAAGUGAAAACUGAAAAGAUGAAAGAGAAUUGUAAUAUGAAAGCAACUGCUGUAAAUAAUGUACGAAUGAAUAAAAUCUAAAACUUAUG